GAAUGAUUGAAGUAUUAAUACUAGUUGUGGUUAUUCUAUCGAUAUAUCUAAGAAACAAAGAAUAUAAUCAUAGAGAAAAGUAUAAGGGAUUUUAUAAAUUGCCAACACCAUCCUCAAGCUUGCCACUUUUGGGUAACGCUCAUCUUUUUGUUGGAAAAAAUGUUCUUGAUAUUUUUUCGGAACUUGUAAACACUUGUGGAGCUCCAUGUUAUGCCCAUCUUCCAGGAAGAUUUUAUAUAACCGCAUCUCCAGAGGAAUAUAAAAUAAUCCUAAAUCAUCCAAAUAGUAUGGGAAAAAGCACAACCUAUAACUUUGUAGGCAGAUUAUUUGCAAGCAGUCUUUUAAUGGCACCAGAUCAUCAAUGGAAGAAGAACAGAAAAUUUUUAUCCAAAGGAUUUAACCAAAUGAUACUAGACUCAUUCGUAACGGUAUUUUACGAAAAAAGUGAAUAUUUUAACGUAAAACUGAAAAAUAUUGAUUAUGAUCAAAAUGAUAUAUAUAGUUUAUUUGAAAAGUAUACAUUAGAUGUUUUUUGUGAGGCAACCCUUGGAAUAGAAACCAAAUUAAUAGACGAAGACGAUUGCGAAAUUGUGAAUUUUAUUACAAAAGGACAAAGGAUUUUAAUAGGUAGACUUUCAAACGUGUUCAAACAUUCCGAUAUUCUAUUCAACUUAACAGAAGAUGGCAAAUAUAUUAAUGAAAGCUCACAACAUUUUUAUAACUUUGUUUUGGAUAUUAUAGCCAAAAAAAGGAAAAUGAUAGCUGAAGGCCAAGAUAUUAUGGCACAAACAAAUAAGUUACCGGUACUGGAUUUACUUCUUUCAGAAAAGGAAGCUUUUGAAGACAAUUAUAUUAAGGAAGAAAUGUUACUAUUUGCUGCCGCUGCAACGGAUACAACAGCUUAUUCUAUGGCCUACACAUGUUGCUUAUUGGGAAUGCAUCCCGAAAUACAGGAAAAAGUAUUAACAGAAGUUAUGGACGCCAUUGGAAAGGACAGAGAAAUUACGUGUAAUGAUUUACAUCAACUAAAAUAUACGGAAAUGGCUAUAAGCGAGGCAAUGAGGCUAAUACCAGUGGUACCAAUGAUUGGUAGAAGAGCUGUAGGAGACAUAGAUUUGGGAACUAGGGUUAUUCCUGCCAAUACAGAUGUUGUUUGUCUGUUUAUAAAUACGCAUAGAAAUGAGAAAUACUAUCCAAAUCCAAAAAAAUAUGAUCCUCGUAGAUUUUUACCGGAGGAAGUUGCAAAAAGGCCCCAGUAUUCUUAUUUGGCAUUUUCAGGAGGACCAAGAAACUGUAUUGGCAUGAAAUAUGCAAUGAUGGUUAUGAAAACAACAAUAGCUAAUAUUGUAAGAAAUUUCCAUAUAACGACUAAAUACAAGUCAAUUGAUGAAUUAGAGUUUGAAUCCAGUAUAAUAAUGACCACUAAACAUCCAUUGGACUGUCAUUUCACGCCUAGAAAAUGA